UUAAAAUGAAUUUAAAUUAUUUAACGAUUUAAUACGUGUUUAUUUCAUUCGUUAAUGAAUAACAACUUGUUGUGAAAAUAUAUAUAAGUGAAAUAGAAAUCGUUUAAGAUGUAAUAAGAAAAGAAAACAAGUCUAUCGGUCAAUGUUGAGCCGUCUUUACCGAGCAAGUUAUUAUUAUUUUUUAUGAAAGAUACAAUAUGAAGUUAAAUUAAUACAUGUAGAAAAGUAGCUGCAUAUUAAAUAACAUAUUAUGUAUGUUAAUUUUACUGUUACUAUAACAAUUGAAAUUGACAAGCGACUGCCAUAAUCUUCUCAGCAUGAAGAUAGAGAUUCAUCCUUUAACAAACAAUCCUACAGCAGCUUGGCGUGAAUUGUCAGAGCAACAGAAAGUUAUUAAAAUAAAUACCAAACUUCCAACAACCGAAGCCCCAGAUGAUAAGCUUCGCAUUGUUUGUAUGAGUGACACUCAUUCAUUAACACCAUUUAUAAAAUUCGACAUACCUAUGGGAGAUGUGUUCAUACAUGCUGGAGAUUUUACAAAAUGUGGUAGUUUACAAGAAGUUAUAGAAUUUAAUAAUUGGAUUGGUAAUUUGCCACAUAAAAAUAAGAUUGUUAUAGCUGGCAAUCAUGAACUUAGUUUUGAUCCUACAUUUACUCAUCCCUUCUCUUUGCAAACCAGUGGAAAUCGUCAAAAACAUACAGGGACCAGUAUUCUUGACAAUAUACCUACAUUAGGAAUGUCCAAGGAUACUCUUGCAGAAGCAAUACAAACUUCUAACGUUAAAGAAUAUUUAACAAAUUGUAUCUAUUUAGAAGAUUCAGAAAUUAUAAUACAUGGAAUAAAAAUAUAUGGUACACCAUGGCAACCAGAAUUUUGUAAGUGGGCAUUUAAUGUACCUCGUGGAGAAGCAUGUCUUUCAAAGUGGGAAAUGAUACCAUCGGAUACAGAUAUUCUUGUAACACAUACACCCCCUGUGGGACAUGGAGAUUUAUGUUGUAGUGGUGUAAGAGCUGGCUGUGUGGAAUUACUUUCUACAGUUCAAAAUCGAGUUAAACCAAAAUAUCAUGUUUUUGGUCACAUACAUGAAGGUAUAUUGUUAAAUUUAUUCCUCUUUAUUUCACAUGAAUUACAUACUUAUGUUCUAGGGUAUGGCAUUUCAUCUGAUGGGAAAAUCAUAUAUGUAAACGCAUCAACAUGCGAUUUAAAUUAUUUACCAAGUAAUCCACCAGUAGUUUUUGAUAUAACAUUACCACCUGGUCAUUGUAAAACAUAAACAGAAUCAAAGAAUAUAGCAGUAAAUUCAUUUUUUACAUAUAAAUAUGUUAAA